CGGCGGCGGGAGCGGGAGGGAGGCGGAGUGGCGCCGGGAGGGCCUCAAGGUGACACUUGCCCCCCGUCCCGGCCCCUCCGCCCCGGCCCGGCCCCCCUAGCCCUUACCUCCGUCCCACCCCACAUCCCCCAGUGCCUUUCCCUCUCCAACCCGGCUCUCCAACCCUACAGCCCUCCACCGGCUCCCUCUCCACCCCCCGCGGGGGGUGGGGAGCAGCCAGGGCCCCGCCCCCUCCCGCCCCCCUUUCCCCUACCUCCAGGCCAGCACAGGAUGCCCCCGGCCCCCGGUGGCCCCCAGGGAGGCUCCGAGCUCCGCGCCCCCCACCCUGCGCCAUGUCUCCCCCCGGCUCGGCUGCAGGAGAGAGCGGCAGCGGCGGCGGCUGCAGCGGUGGCGGCCCCGGGCCCCUGGAGGAGGCGGCGGCGGCGGCGGAGGGCACCGCCCGAGAGGAGCAGCGUCCAGUGCAGCCCUCCUUUACCAAGUCCCUUUGCCGUGAGUCGCACUGGAAGUGCCUGUUGCUGUCCCUGCUCAUGUACGGCUGCUUGGGGGCCGUGGCCUGGUGCCAUGUCACUACGGUGACUCGCCUCACCUUCAGCAGUGCCUACCAGGGCAACAGCCUCAUGUACCACGACAGUCCCUGCUCCAAUGGCUAUGUCUACAUCCCUCUGGCCUUUCUGCUCAUGCUCUAUGCUGUCUACCUUGUGGAAUGCUGGCACUGCCAGGCCCGCCACGAGCUGCAGUACCGUGUGGACGUGGGCAGUGUGCGGGAGCGAGUGGGUCGCAUGCAGCAGGCCACACCAUGCAUUUGGUGGAAGGCCAUCAGCUACCACUAUGUCCGCCGCACCCGACAAGUCACCCGUUACCGAAACGGGGAUGCCUAUACUACCACGCAGGUCUACCACGAACGAGUGAACACCCACGUGGCCGAAGCCGAAUUUGACUACGCUCGCUGUGGUGUCCGCGAUGUGUCCAAGGCAUUGGUGGGGCUGGAGGGCGCGCCGGCCACUCGGUUGCGCUUCACCAAGUGCUUCAGCUUCGCCAGCGUGGAGGCAGAGAACGCGUACCUGUGCCAGCGCGCACGCUUCUUUGCAGAAAACGAGGGGCUAGACGACUACAUGGAAGCGCGCGAGGGUAUGCACCUGAAGAACGUGGACUUCCGCGAGUACAUGGUGGCCUUCCCCGACCCGACGCGCCCGCCGUGGUACGCCUGCCAGUCGGCCUUCUGGGCAGCAGCCCUGCUCACGCUGUCCUGGCCGCUGAGGGUGCUGAGUGAGUACCGCACGGCAUACGCCCAUUACCACGUAGAGAAGCUCUUUGGGCUAGAGGGCGGCGGCGGCUCCACCCCGAGCGGCGACGAGUCCCUGCCCCCACUCACCCAUCGCCUGCCCCGGGUCAACACGGUGGACAGCACGGAGCUGGAGUGGCACAUCCGCUCCAACCAGCAGCUGGUGCCCAGUUAUUCUGAGGCCGUGCUGAUGGACCUGGCUGGGCUAGGAGCUCGCUGCGGCGGGGGGCCCGGCGGGGGCUACGCGCCCUCCUGCCGCUACGGUGGCGUGGGCGGCUCGGGGGCAGCCGGGGCAGCCCCGUACCGCCGCAGCUGCGAGCACUGCCAGCGCGCCGUCAGCAGCUCGUCUAUCUUCUCUCGCAGUGCGCUCAGCAUCUGUGCCAGUCCCCGGGGCGCGGGUGGGGUCGGGGGUCCAGGGGGUAGCGGUGGCUGUGGCGGGAGUCGUUUCUCCCUGGGCCGCCUUUACGGCUCCCGCCGGAGCUGCCUGUGGAGGAGCCGGAGCGGGAGCGUUAACGACGCCAGCUGUCCCACAGAGCAGACGCGCCUAUCCAGUCAGGCCAGCAUGGGUGGCGACGACGACGACGAGGACGAUGAAGAUGAAGAGGGAGGACCACCUCCACCCUAUCACGACGCGCUCUACUUUCCAGUGCUUAUAGUCCACCGGCAGGAGGGGUGCUUAGGCCACAGCCACCGGCCAUUGCACCGCCACGGCUCCUGCGUGGAGACCUCACUGUGACCCUUCCCUCCCCCAUCUGUCGAGAAGGGGUGGGCGGCAGAGGGGGAGGUGUCGCAAGGAUUGAGGAGACUGGGGGGGGGGCCUUCCCACCACCAACCCGCUCCACACCAAACUUUGUCACCUGUCCCCAACCGGGGGAGUCACGGAUGUCCGAGUGAUCACAAAGAAGAAGGGGCACGCUUUAAGGGGGAUCGGACAGAUCAGAAAGGACUGAGACCUUGGCUGUCCUCUUAGACAAAAAGAGUAGGGGUGGUGUGCCUGCGCGUGUAUGUAUGUAUGCUUGGAGGAGCGGGAGACUGACCCAGAAUUUUCAGAGGAAGAGAUUUGGGGGAUUCACAACCAUCAAGGCCAAAGCGAUCCGUUCUCUGCCCCUUGCCAAAUCCUGUGUUCCUAAGGGCAUAAAGGGACGCAGCCUCACCUAAGCAGGCUUGGGACCCAGCCUUUUACAAGAUUUUCCGACUGUUAUAUGGGGUCCUGUUAUCUCCCUCUUCUUCCUCCCCCUCCCCCCAAACACACCUUGUCAGCCUACUCCAUGGAAGAGGCAGGCCCUUCUUAUAGAGCUGGGAAGAGAAAGAUCUUGGGUGGAGGAAAGAUACUGGGGAAAGCCUGAAGGAAAAGGCUUCCCCUCUUACCUCACUUCUCUCCAUUUGGAAUUUAUUGGGACAUAGUGGAAGGGAAGGAUUUCUGACCCCUUAAUUCAGGGUCUUUGGAUGAGCUCAGCACUCUGAACAUCCCCACUUCAAUUCCUUGGAAAAUACUGAGAUCCUUCCGUCUCUGGCCUCUCUCUGCCCACACCCCACCCCAGGCCAGUCUCUUUUCUGCUUUUCUAUCCCUCCUUUAAGCCUCUUGUUUAUCUUUCUGGUCCCAGGAGUCCUAGCUUCCAGAGGUAUGACUCUUUUCACAGAGACAUUACCUGCCUUUGGCUCUCUUUCUCUUGUUGCAGGAGGAAUGAGAUUGCAUAGUAGGAAGAGAGGACAACUGGAUUCCUUUUCUAAAUUCACUUGGGUCUCAGUUUCUCCACCUAGGCCUCCCCUAAAGGGAAGGCUGAGUGGGUGAGAUGAAACACAGGAUGCUGGCCAGGAAGAAGGACAGAACAAAAUCAUCUGGGCUGAGAGAACUGGAUGGAGGAAGAGUACCCAGGAGAGAGGAGGAGUGUAAUUUGGAGGGGAGAACCUGACCAGAAUUGAGAAGGGGAGAGUGGGCUUCCCUUUGUGCCCCCUCCCCCACAUGCCCUGAGCUGACAGCUUUGUCCUAAGACUAAACUGGAGAAAUUCUGGAUUCCAAUGUUUUGGGGCUUUUAGGAACGUAUUUAUACCCCAACCCUCAGCAGCCCUAGCCACAUAAGCUUGGGUCACUGCUGUGUAUCCUAGGUUCCUUUAAGGCAGGCAGGAACAAGCCCUGCCCCCAUUUUAUUCUCCUGCUGUCUGUGGCUUAGCAGACUUUCAUUCCUGCUGCUCCUAAGCUCUAUUCACUAACCUGGUCCUUUGGUGCAAAAGGGCCCCAGCACUUCCUCUCUGUCCCUGGUUAUUUCAGCCUGCAUGUCUGUGUGCUACCCCUCUCCUCCCAACUGUCUGUCCCUAGCUCAAGCUCACCUCUGUUGAUUUAGUGCAGAAAGGCAAAAGCAGUCCAGAGAUGAGUUACUGUAGGUCUUGAUCUAGAAUUUUCCCUUGUUCUCUCCUGUCUCCCUCAGAGGACCCCUUUCCCCCACUUUGGGCCCAGCAACAUCAGUUGGGCCCCCUCAUUGUGGCCUCCAUCUAU